AUAUGUUGCACCUGUGUUCUCCGCGCUCGAGGUGCAUGCACACGUUCACACUCUGCUGGGCAAAGAGUCGCACGCAGCCGAAACAACCCAAUUGAACGCUCCAGAGAGGAAGGCGGAGCCCAGCUUCCCAAUCCUCCCUGCCGAGUCUAUAAAGACGAGCGAGAGUGCAGAUCUCUUUGUCCAACGCAGAGGCUCCAUCACAACCGAAUGCUGCUGCUGCUGCUGUUGCUGCUCUCGUGCGGGGCCGGCUGGGCCCUUCCUGCCGGGCCCUUAGGUUCACAAGGGGAGACUGUCUUCGCCGUCUUAGCCACCUGCAUGCGCACCGAUGGCAACCAGGUACUCACCUGUCUGCAGGAGAGGGCCGUCAGGGCCUGGGACCAGGCUUUAAGUUUCAACGGUCCUGUCGAAUUAUUGGAUGGAAUAGUUACGCUGGAAAAAGACAACAACGAAACAGCCGUGCAAGCAGUCGACCUGGCAGGUUCCAGUAUCGACCUUUUGCCCGCGGACCCUGCAGCCCGCAGCUUCCAGUUGAACGACAUGCUCAUGCAACGCUUGAAAACGUUCUUCCAGCAGCGCACACUCAAAAUCGUGCUUCCACUCUCUGAGCAAGGCCGCGGCAAGCUGAAGAAGUACGCAGAGCCGCUGGUGAUGGCCAUAAUGUGGAAGGUAAUGAUGGCUUCGCUCGGGAUGGGCGCGUUGGCCCUGCUAGCUGGCAAGGCUCUUCUGGUGUCCAAACUGGCCCUGACGCUGUCGUUGCUGAUGGCGAUGCGUCGCUUGCUCAACGGCGGUGGCGGCGGCCUCGAGAAGAUCGACAUUUUCGCCAAGCACUACGAGGAAAAGAAGCACCAGCAGGGAGACUCGUCACACAUAUACCCUAGUUUCAUCGAACCUGACGCCUACUACGGCCACAAGCGGUCCUUCCAACCGAUGCCGGCCAAGACUGCCGAACUGCUGCCGCCCUUCAGCUCAGCGCCGGCUCUCGACAUCAACAACAACGUGUACGCCGAUCGAGAGUACGCGCAGAUCAAAGCAGCAGCGGGGCGACAACGCGGCUUCGACCCUGGUACUGUCCUCCGCAGGUCACCUGGCAACGUGCAGAAACUGGACAAAAGCUAGAAUCACACCUUCGAUAUUUAUUUCUCAUGUGUGCAAUUAAGUGAAUAUGACGCGUUGACUUGGAGAGAAUGUGUGCUUAACCCUUUAGUAAUUUAUUUUGAAAUGUGCUGGUGACUGGUAUCUAUUUAAAUAAAGUUUUUGUAAUGUAUUAUAUUAUGGAAUAAUAUAAUCAUAUCAUAGAAUAAUAUUAUUAAUUUGUGCUGCAAACCAUUUUGUUAGAGUGCUGAAAGUUUGAUAUUGUGGAACGGCAAAUAAAAAGUUAAAUACGAAGCACAAAACGUGAUAAGUAGAUAAGGCAAGCAGUGGAGGAAUGGUCGAUCCCUCUAAAAAGUAAAAAAUGCUAUCAUCAUUUAUGCGUGUAUAAAACUGUUAAAUGCUUGCGAAGAGGAAAAUAAAUUUACUCAAAUUUGGAUAGUGUGUGGAAAUCAUGGAACUAAAUUAAAUUCUCUACACUCUUGCUGGUGAAAUUAAUCAAGAAACUCACGUGUUGUUAGUUUUUUAGUGUUGAGUUUCUUGACUUUGAAAGAAUAAACAAAUAUAAUAAUUAACAAUUUAUUCUUUGACUUCGUUUUAGAGUCAUAAGUCAAAGUUCAAUGUGGAUGGGAGAGUUCCGUGGAUAGAUCAGAGCCUAUUUAUUGAUUUUUUUUUGUUAGCUAUAGGAAAUUUUGAGAACAUUCGCGUAAAGAACUAAUUGAAAUAUAAAUGUUAAUGAGUAUAGGAUUUGAAACCCAUUUAAUGAGAGAUAUUUCAUGCAUGCAACGUCAUUAAUCAAUUUUUGGACCAAUCUGUCAAC